CGUAAACAAACCAGACGGGUGCUUUUGCUAUAUUUAGAGCUACUGAUCUAUAGACCGUACUCACUAGUUAGGCAGACGUUGACGCCUAAGGAGUCCAGCUUCCCUCAGGAGAGCAAAUCAAAAUCACCUGGAAAGGAAGAUGGAGCUGAAGGGAGUUCUUGUGGUGUUGGCUGGAUUCCUGAAUCUCUGGAAGAGCGACGCUGUGCAAGGAGUGCCUGCGUCUCUUCCAGGGAUGACAUUACCUAUCGUUCCGAUGUAUCCAGCUAAUAUUCCUAUGCCUGUUCGUCCACAUCAGAUCGUUAAGCCACCUUUACCAGUGCAACAAAUGAUACAAAGUUAUCAACAGGCGCAAGGUAUACCAAGUGUGUUUGACCCUUACCGUAAUAGUUUCCGAGACAGGCCUCUCCAAUGGUGGAGUAGGGAUCUGGACUUCGAACAGUCACCUCUCCGAUGGUGGAGUAAGGAUAUGGACUUCGAACAGUCACCUCUCCGAUGGUGGAGUGGGGAUAUGAACUUCGAACAGUCACCUCUCCGAUGGUGGAGUAGGGAUAUGGACUUUCAAAACUCUUUUUAUCCUUAUGCAUUUGAGCAAGUGGCGUUGCCCGUGAAACCCACUAAACCACACAAGAACGUGAAAGCCAAAACAACUGCCGCACCAGCUACAGGUAGCAUUUUGACAGUAACCACCAACACACCUGCUGGUGCUCAACAGCAAACAACUGCUGCUACGCCUACAACCACUGGGGCAACCGCUGGAACAACCCCUGGGGCAACCGCUGGAACAACCCCUGGAACAACCACAAUUGCGGUGCCUACACCAGCCGCCGGGAUAUCUACAAAUACACAACCGCAAACAACUCCAGGAACUACACAACCACCACCAUUAUUAACUACACGAUCGCCUACAGCAACAACGCACCGACCAAUAGUAACUACCCAGACACCUGGUCUUGCUCCAGGACAAACAACUCCCGCACCACCUGCAGCACUUUCGUCUGCUGGACCUUCCUCAUCAUUGAGUUCGACAUCAUCUUCCCCACCAAGAAGUGUCACUCCUAGCUUUGUGCCAAUUAAGGCACCAGGUAUUGUGUCUCUCUUUGGUGGAGGUCAGACCUACUUCGUCCCGCCGAAAGAUGGCUCCAGCGGUGUCAAAGUUUUCAUGACAGGACCGGGAUCCUUCUCCGGGUCGAGUGGUUCUGGCGGCAGCUUUGUUACGGGGACUGGAAACAUGACUCUUGUUAACCCGGGAGAGGUACAAAGCUUGGGAGUUCAAUCAGCACCAAGCUUUCCCCCACAAAUCAAGGAUAUGUUUUCGGCUUUCUCAGGGUUCCCGACAGGACAAGGCUUGAUGCCAACAUGGUAACAGCGACGCUCUUGGGAACCGAGGGUUCCCUCAGCUCUUUCCCCAGGACAGUCCAUUUCAACCGAAUGCAGGACCCCCUGCAGGAAUUCCUGGCGCAAUCAAGCCACCUGGUAUUCCCUCAAGUUCUUUAAAGCCUUUCAU